AUGCGGUUCUCAAAGGGUUCAGCCCUGCUGGCUAUAUGCUCUCUUCUAUCCACCAGCGUUUUCGCCGCUGACCGCCCCCCAUCCGUGUCAUCACCAACACCUGCCAUAAGACAACGAUCUGACGAAGCACGCCCCCCAUCAGACCCAAUUAUCAAAAAACGAGCUAUUGUCGACGCACCACCAGAUCCAGUGCCAACCGUACCUACGCAGGUGUCUCCAAUCACAACAUUCUGGCUCGAGGGAGUGCAGAUGGUAUACACACAGACAUUUCCGCCUUUCCCUGACCCAUGGCCAUCUCCAAUGGCAGGAGAGAUAGGCCUGGGGACACUGAAGGGAGAGAUCGGAAAGACGGUUACGAUUAAGGGUCGCAGUGUCCCUACCGAUGAGCCUGAGCCAAUGUUUGCGCGCCAGUGUCGAACACUCGAGUGCGGUAAAAGCCGCGAGCAGAAAGCGGAGAGAGCUGGGCUAGAGGACACUGCUUGA